GCCCGGGAACGCAGCGGUGCUGGGAGGAGGAAGCGGCGCCCUGCUCGCCUUACUCCGCCCGUCUCUCCCUCACGGUGCUGGCGGCGGCUCCUCCUCCCGCGUGUGACCCGCUGCCGCAUGUGAGCGGGGCGGAGGGACGGCGCCGCGCGGGCCCCAGUGUGGCGGCGGCGGUAGGAGGAGCGGGAGCCGCGGCGCGGCGUCCCCCCGCAGCCUCAUCGCUGGGCCCCGCCGGCGCCCCGAGCCCGCCGGCGCCCCCCAUGCCCGUGUGGUGCUGCCGCUGCUCCUUGGCCGGUCACUUCAGAAGUUACAGCAGCCCUGAAACAGAAGGACAGCUUUUGAAUUCCUUCGUCCAGUAUUUUGGUGACAGCCUUGGGAGGAAGAUUAAAAGAAUGCCUUUAAUUGAAGAAACUGUUCUUCCCGGGGACUCCGUACUUACCCUGCCUGUAGUAAUAAUAGGAAAUGGACCUUCAGGAAUUUGCCUUUCUUACCUGCUCUCUGGAUACAGGCCAUAUUUAUCUCCUGAAGCUAUACACCCAAACCCCAUUCUACACACGAAAUUAGAAGAAGCUCGUCAUCUUUCUAUUGUUGAUCAAGAUCUGGAGUACCUGUCUGAAGGCCUUGAAGGACGCUCUUCAAACCCCGUUGCAGUGCUUUUUGAUACAUUGCUUCAUCCUGAUGCUGACUUUGGAUAUGACUACCCGUCAGUUUUGCACUGGAAGCUGGAACAACAUAAUUAUAUUCCCCACAUAGUGCUUGGUAAAGGACCACCUGGUGGGGCUUGGCACUCCAUGGAAGGCUCUAUGCUAACAAUCAGUUUUGGAGACUGGAUGGAAUUGCCUGGCCUCACCUUUAAGGAGUGGGCAGCUAGCAAACGCAGAAAUAUAAAAAGUGACCGAGUAAUGACAGAGGAAAUAGCUUGUUAUUAUAAACACUAUGUUAAAGUCAUGGGCCUCCAACAGAAUUUCAGAGACAAUGUUUACGUAACAUCAGUAUCCAGGCUUUACCGAGGAAAGGAGGAUGAAGACAGAAGUCAGCUAAACAAAAAUAUUUCAACACAGCAUUUGGAAAUGGAAGAUGGACAGAAAUCACUGAUUAAGAGAAACUGGGAAGUCAGAGGUUACCAGCGAGCAACAGAUGGUUCUCACGUGCCUUUCUGCCUCUUUGCUGAGAACGUGGCUCUUGCCACAGGAACCUUUGAUUCUCCUGGCCGAUUACAAGUUGAAGGAGAAGACUUUCCUUUUGUGCUUCAUUCCAUGGCUGACUUCGGAGCUGCUAUCAGUAAAGGAAAAUUACGUGGGAAGGCAGACCCGGUGUUGAUUGUGGGUGCUGGACUUACAGCAGCGGAUGCUGUUCUGUGUGCCUACAACAACAACAUCCCAGUAAUCCAUGUGUUCCGUAGAAGAGUUACCGAUACAAGUCUAAUUUUCAAACAGUUACCUAAAAAGCUUUACCCUGAAUACCACAAGGUCUAUCAUAUGAUGUGUACUCAAUCCCAUACUGUGGACUCUAAUCUCCAUUCUGCUUACACUAGUUUCCCUGAACACAAUGUACUUUCCUUCAAGGCUGAAAUGAAAUGUGUUCUUCAGAGUGCCUCUGGACUGAAGAAAAUUUUGAAGUUUUCUGUAGCCUUAGUUCUGAUAGGUUCUCACCCAAAUCUUUUCUUUCUAAAGGACCAAGGACAUAGCAUAGGUCAUCACUCUAACCAGCCCAUCACAUGCAAGGGGAAUCCUGUAGAGAUCAAUCCAUACACUUAUGAAUGCACUAAAGAAGCAAACCUCUUUGCUUUAGGUCCUCUGGUGGGAGACAACUUUGUACGGUUUUUAAAAGGAGGUGCAUUGGGCAUUGCACGAUGCUUGGCAAUAAGACAAAAGAAGAAACACGAAUUGAUUGAAAAUGGGGAUGGAGGAGGUGAUGGGGUACCAUAAAUGCGACAUUAAAAGCUUUCACAUACAGGAUUACAGAUGUAGUCUUAACAGAACACUCACUGACAGCGAAAGUUGAUAGCGGUCACAUUUCUGUUGUAUACAAGUAACUGCACUGGUAUUGCUUGGUAAAGGAUGCUGAUACAAUACUUCUUCAAAAUAGAAAAAUUUGAUCUGCUAUUACAACUGAUCUCUACUCAACUGGAAUUAUUUCCAGAUAAACAGAAAAUGAGACUAACUUAUAUUGACCUGCCUGUCAUCUCUUGCUCAGCUAAAAGAGCAGACUUGCUCUGGGAAGAGCAAUGCCCCCCAGAGUGGCUUUAUAUUUUAGUGUCAAAUGUGACAAAAUAUUCUUACCAUGAAAUCAAAAUAACUUCUAAAAGCAGAAAGCUUGCUUAGGACAAAGCAAAUUUGGAGCCUUCUGCUUGAAACAAGGACUUGAUUUAUUUGCCAUAGUCAUAUUGUAAUACUUGGAAUGAGCACUUAGUAAAAUGUUUUUUACUAUAAGAAGGAUUUCUAUAAGCAAGAAGUAUUCCUCAACAGUUAUAAAUGAUCCUAUUUGAUAACUGGAAUAAAAUAAGCAUUCCCAUUUAAUCUUUAAUGCUUAAUUUUAUACAAUCCAUUAAUGUUUUUUCACACUAUGCCUAGAGUUAGGUGAGUGCAGAAAGACUAACAUGAGUUCUUCCCCUACAGUGAUGUGUACACUCUGAUCAUACUCAUUAACAUAAACAAUAAAGUACUGAUGUAAGUGCUCUUAUUACAGUGUCAAUAUAAUGAAUAUCUAGUGUACUACUGAAAAAUUAAGUACACGAGAAGACUUAGGGGUUUUUGCUUCCUAGCUCAGGAAGACUGAAUGUGAUCACUUGAUCGAUGAAGGUGGGUGAUAGAUAUUCUCAUCUCCCAUUUGAACCAAGUAUUGGUUAUUUUUUUUUUUCCUGCAACAGCACAUAACACUAAAACUAUCUUAGCCUGCAGUUUUUCAGACUUGAAAAGGGUUAUAUCUCAAGCCAGCUAAAAAAUAAAACAUGCCAAACUCAAACAUGCCGUAGUUUCUAUGAAUCUUAAAGCUUGUUAUGAAAGACAAAGACUUAACUUGUACCUACCUCUGAACUGAAGUUUCACCCUUCUGCUCCGUAAUGUAAGAUCUAGAUUUCAUUUGCUGGGUUUUAGAGUACUUAGUUAACCUAAACACACUCAUGGGUUAUUUACCAUAGUGAGCUAAACAACAGCUAGUUAGAAAACUUAAGUUAUCUUCCAGAACUCUCAAUAGACCAAGUGCUUGAUUUUUAACAGAUGUAUUACCAAACAUUUUAAUUCAGGUCCAAUGUGAUGAAAUAGAUGUUAUUUAAUUUUUUGUUUUGAAUGUCAUGUUAGUUUAAGCCAUUGUAUUUGCAUGAUUAAAAUCUCCAUAUUAGAAUGUGAACAGAUUUUAAAAAGGAAAUUAGGCUUAGACUUUGUGAAACUGCUAGUGCUUGCUGGUUUCCCAGCUAACUUUAGUAAGCUGUAGAUACCAAAAUGCAAUAAAUAUGCCUGUUUUCUGUGCCUGCUGAAUUAUGGGGUUCUAUGUCUACUGCAGGCCUUCAUGCAUUUGAAUAAGUUUUCAGGCUUUGAAGGAGCUGAAAAGGUAAAGUAUGCAAGGAUUAAAAUGACAAUAUUUUCAAUGAGAGGCCAAAGUAAUUUAUUAAAUGAUCCUACUACUACUAAUAAACUUUAGAACCAACUUAAUUGCAUAAAAAUAAACACAAAUGAGGCAAAAUUUGUAUUUCUGCAUUGCCUACAUGCUUGGAUUUAACCAUGCGUUGUCAAUACCAGUUAAUAUACUGAUUUAUACUUAUAUCUGAGCCGGUUUUAAUGAUGAUAAAUUCUAGGCUUAUUUUCUUCAUAAUUGAAUUGAGAUUCUAUAUGUAUAUAUAGAUGUAUCCUAAACCUGUGAUACCUAAUAUUUUAAACUGAGAAUUAGCCUUCUAAGUGCUAAAUACUUUAUUAUAGAACUUUAUUGCAUUUAUAAUUUAUUGGGAAUACAUCCGUGCUGUGAUUAAAUUCCUUCAGUUUUGUGUCAAUAUAAGUAUCCAAAUACA